CAUGUGCGUCAACCAAGCGGUAACGGUACAGAUAAAGGGUUAGGGCUAACUCUAGUGGGAUACCCCUCACCGAAGCAUGAAUGAACCAUCCGCAAAAGGGCGAAAUGGGAAAGUUGACGGUGAGAAAUGGGAUACCAGGUACGGUAUUAUUGAUAGACGGUAGCCAUGAUCUUCGAAGGCUACCUUCCCAGAAGCAUAGUACGACCGUAGCAGACAAUGAGCGAUGGAUACGAAGAAGAGGCGGAGAGCAGAGAGCCUGAAAUCUUGUAGCUCGCAUGUUGACCUAAAACCUCUGGGAGCGACGCCCAGACGGCGACCAACAAAUCACGUGCCAACACAAACUGAAAAAAUGAAACAUCGCCCUCCAACUUCAUUGACGCCAUAAGGUACCAUCAUGUCACCUCCAGUUAUCGUGAUCGCUGGGACUAGCUCUGGGGUCGGCAAAACCACAGUCUCAUGUGGUCUGAUGGCUGCCUUCUCUGCUGAUGGCUUGGCAGUACAACCAUUCAAAGUCGGCCCCGACUUUUUGGAUGGCAAGCAUCAUGAACAGGCCACAGGUCGUCGAUCUGUCAACUUGGAUGGAUGGAUGAUGGGAGGUAAAGAAGCUGUACUAGAAAGUUUUCAUAGGCAUGCCCGCGGUGCCGAUCUGUGUAUUGUGGAAGGUGUGAUGGGAUUGUAUGACAGCAAAGAUGGUGAGAGUGACGAUGGAUCGACGGCACAAAUUGCAAAAUGGUUGCAAGCCCCGGUUGUGUUGGUCGUAGAUGCGCAUAGUAUGGCUAGAUCUGUCGCUGCCAUGGUACUGGGAUACCUGAUGCUGGAUCAAGACUUGAGAUUAUCCGCGGUGGUGGUCAACAAAGUGAGCGGGAAGCAACACAUCCAGUGGAUCAAACAAGCACUGGAAACGCAUCGAGAUCGACUGGUGGAUGUUCAAACACAACAACCGAUCUUGUUUGCGGGUGCCAUGCCACAAGAUAGGAUGUUGGCGAUACCCGAACGGCACUUGGGCCUCGUGACGCCGAGCGAGAAUGCUAGAUUCAAGGAUGAGCGGUGGCGGGAUAUGUACAGCAAGCUCGCCGCCAUCGUCCAGGAUAACUUGGAUCUCGACAGUCUACUGAACUUGGCAAAGUCUACAACAACAACACCCAAGAUUCACUCUUGCGGAGACUUUUCGCAACCAGAGGCAUGUGAUGAAGUUUGUCGCAUUGGAGUAGCUCGAGAUGAUGCAUUUUCCUUCUACUACGGAGACAACCUCAAGCUACUUCAAGAUUCCGGUGCAGAGCUCGUGUUCUUUUCGCCGGUUCACGAGACGCACUUACCGACUGGUCUAGAUGCACUGUACAUUGGAGGUGGCUAUCCAGAACUACAUGGGGCAACCCUUCAGAGCAAUGAAAGCAUGCGGCACGACAUUCAAUCCUUCGCCAAAGCGGGAGGUCUAAUUUAUGCUGAAUGUGGCGGUCUCAUGUUUCUUGCAGAAGCACUUUGGACCAUGACGCGAAAAGACGAUGAAACCGACGAUUACGACCGACAACGGUACCAAAUGUGUAGCGUGCUGCCAGGUAUUGUUGUCAGCAUGACCCCUCAUAUGAAAAUGGGCUACGGCGAGAUCGAAAUGGCGGAGAAUCCAAUCUUUCAACAGGGCAGAAUCUGUCGAGGUCAACAAUUUCACUUUUCGGAGGUUGUCACGGAUGAUGAUGAUGCCGACGAUGAGAUUCUCCGGUCCCCAUUCCUCGUUACAGCACAGCAUAUUGGUGCGCAAGUUGAAAAGGCCGGGUAUGUAGUGGGCAACGUGCUGACCAGCUAUUUUCAUCUGCAUUGGUCGUCAAAUCCUGCGCUGGCUCAUGACUUUGUAGAAAGCGCUGUUCGGACAUCUCCCAUUCGCAAGAUGUUUGCCAUCUCGUUUGUGUCAGCGGCGACUGAGAUUAUCUUUCGUCUUGGAGCUGAGAGCUCAUUGGCUGGCGUGACUUCUGUGUGUGACUAUCCCAAGAACGCACAGGACUACCCCCGGCGAAUUAUCAGUCGAUCACCCUUCGAUGCUUCCACAAUGACAAGUGAGGAAGUUGAUGCGGCCAUGAAGGAACACCAGAGUCGGAAAGGCGACGGACCUCCCGGGUAUUGGAUCGUCGACACGAAUAGUUUGAAGGAGAUGGCAGCACCAAGAGUUGCAUUUGUGCAGGAAACAUGCGAUAUUUGUGACGUCGCUCAAAGCGAUGUCCUCUUUACGUUGGAGCAGUGUGGCUUAUCUGAUGUCUGCAAAACGGUGCAGGUGUCACCCACCACGCUAGAAGGAAUGUUUCAGUCCAUUCUGGAUGUUGGGGCUGCCUUGGGGGUGCAAGAAAGAAGUGUCUCACUCUGCGCCGAUCUUCGGCAAAGACUUGACGUCGUCGCCGCGAAAAUCAAUGAACUUGGCUUGAAGCAGCGGCCUCGAGUUCUGUCGCUGGAAGGCCUGAGUCCCAUUUGCGUCGGUGGGAAUUGGCUGCCAGAUGUGAAAACUGCGGCUGGUUGCGAUGACGCACUCUGUGAUGUUGGCGGUUCGCCUGCUCGAGUGCUUCAAUGGAGCGACGUUGAAAAAGCUGAUCCUGAUAUAUUGUUACUGUCGCCGUGCUCUGCGACAACGUCACGUACAUUGAAUGAACUGUACUUGUUGAAUACACCAGAGUUUUGGAAGCUACGCUGUGUUCGAAACGGCGAUGUUUACGUGAUUGACCACAGCAAGUUUUCCCGACCGGGCCCACGACUGGUUAACGGUGUAGAGCUGCUUGCUACCUUACUUUGCGGGGUAACACCACCCGACCAUGUGGAUGCUACUCAAGAUUGGAAGAGUGACGCCCUAAGAUACGAAUGCUGCGUUGGAAAGGUCAAACAUUGUACCACAGAGUUGUCAACUCGCUUCAAGCCUUGUUUUGGAGACCAUGCAUCACCAGGUCAAGAUUUUGAGCCCAACUCGAAGGGCGCAGGCAAGAAAGUGGAAGGUUUGCGGAGGAUAAGAACGACUCGCAGCUCUGCUAUCGGACACCCUCUACCAUGCGAUCGAUCAGCCCACAAUAUGGCGGCACUGAAAGACGGGUCUGUCAUUAUCUUUGCCGGGGAAGAUGAUGAUGGUAAACGGUUAUCAGAUACCUGGAAACUGAGCGCUCCUCAGGUUGGGUGGAACGAAAGGCUAGACCCUUACGACACGCCAGCACCCCCUCAACGUGGCAGAUCGCCAGUUUGGGAGCUUCUUCAGUGCGGCAAGGUGGCAGACGAAAACGUACCAACGAAAAGGUCAAACAGUGGCUCAGUCGUGUGCGGAGAUUACUUCUUGGUCUUUGGUGGUUGGGGUGUUGAUAGUCAAUGCCUUGGUAGCUGUGAGCUUCUGCACCUGGACACGCUUUGUUGGACCCACUGCUCGGUUCGUGGAACGAAAAAACCUUCCCCACGUGGCAAUCCUACGCUGGUAUACAGUGAGAAAACCAACAGUGCGAUCAUGUUUGGCGGAUGGAACAAGGUAGAACGGUUGUCCGAUUUAUGGGUGUUAGACAUGACAGUCUGGGAGUGGGAGCUUCAAGUGCAACAUCAGGAACUUCCUUGGCCCAAAGGACGUACUGACCACAGCUCUGUUUUGUGGACCAAUGACAGUGGCCAAGAAACCAUGUUGAUAUUUGGAGGUAGCCUUGACACUGAAGGCUGCUGCAAUGAGCUGUGGAUUCUAGACAUUGGCUCGCGGAGGUGGCAGGCUGUCAACACACACGGGCCUUCCCCUGAACCUCGAUCAUCCCACACUGCAGCAAUUGCUGGUCAAGGCUCCUCUGCCACAAUGAUUCUCGUGGGUGGUUCUGGAAACGGUAGUGGGCGCAGCGUCCUUUUGAAAGACGCUUGGUUGCUGAGGCUGGAAACCAUGACAUGGACAAAGGUAUCUUGGCAUGGAAGUGGAGUCGCAAGGUGUCAGCAAGCCAUGUCAGUAGUGAACGGUGGCACUGCUCUUGUAUGGGGUGGGUACGACGGAGAGAAGACAUCGAAAGACGAUGCUUCAGUUUGGGUUGGGUCACUUGAUAAUGCCGAAAUGGCCAAAGCGGUUGCAUCCACGGUUUCAAAACCGAAACAACUUCAAGAACGAUGGCAAGCUGAAGUCCCCAUCCGCGAGUCUGACUUGCCGGAGGACAUGCUCGCCAAGGCGCGUAGAAGCAAUCUUCCUGGUGCUCUGUUCAAGACUUUGCACAGAUAUGCUGUCGCCCGACAACGAGACACAUACAUUGACCCUGCAUCGGGCUAUUCUGUGUUCACGCAAACGUAUUUGAAGAGAAAACCCUGUUGCGGAAACGGCUGUCGACACUGUCCUCACGGUCACAUCAACGUUCCUAAGUGUUCAGGAAACACAGGAUGUGAUCCCAAACAACUAGAAUGGUAGUAGUGCAAUGACACCCAGCGCUCUUGGUCCAACGCAAGCUAGCCUGGUUGCCGAUCUCGAGGGGUAGAUCACUGUCACCUCAUGUUUUGCUUCUCUACUGACAACGAGUCAUGGGAGAGUAGGAUUCUAUUCUCGCAGCAUGAAUGGCAAAGAAACACUGUUCAAGUGCCAGGUGAACAUAGUUCAUUUUCAUUUUCGCUGAAACAUCCUCUAUGAGUUUUCCCCAACAGAGGUUUUCAAAGACAUGGGACCUACAGUUUUGUGUUGCGUGCAGCACGCUCUUGGGAAAACGACAACGCACUAGCUAUUCGUUUUACUGAGCGUUUGUUUACAAAACUGUGAAUCGAAGCUUGCAUCAACAGCGCAAUCUUUUAUCCAAACUCUGACUUGCAUUUUUAACUAAGACGACGACUCCCUAGCUUUUUGAACAACAGUCGCAGGCUCAAUGCUUCCUUGAUCAACGCUUCCUUAUCUCCAUCCAACCUUGAAGCCCUUUCUAGCUAGUCUUGCCAAUAAUUUCUCCUUCAAACCAUCUAUCUAUGCCCCGAAAAGUCUUCAUCACUGGACAGCUUGCUACAAAUCGAACGGUGUACCGAUACUAGUACCGGUACGGGACGGUUUUUUCAAGCAAGGCAAACAAAGUUUACUGAAAGAUGGACGGCAGGCAACGAGUUGGAAAUGGGUGUAAACACAAAAAGAAUUCUUAUUUUAUCCUUAGCGCUAACUACUAGGGACUUAGUUUGGGACCAAUUCGUGUCUGGAUUCAAGUCCA